UUUGACAUUGUUAACAAGACUUAUCAAUCGUUCUCCCCAAAAUUUGUGUGAGGGACUAAAGAAGGGGUUGUUGAUUUGUGAAGUGUGAAGAUGAUAGAGGUGGUGCUGAACGAUCGGUUGGGGAAGAAGGUUCGUGUGAAGUGCAACGAGGAUGACAACAUAUAUGAUCUGAAGAAGCUUGUGGCGGCUCAGAUUGGUACAAGGGCCGACAAGAUUAGGAUCCAGAAAUGGUACAUCGUCUACAAAGACCACAUCACUCUCAAGGAUUACGAGAUUCACGAUGGCAUGGGCCUCGAGCUCUACUACUACUAAGGUGUUCUAUUUCUUAGAAAAAAUGCACUGGAAGUGUGUCUGAGUGUUAUGGUAUCUAGAAGAGACAUUCUAUGUGAUUUGCUUUUCAACUGGACCAAUGAUUGUGUGGCAUGUAUCAUGUAUGUAUCCCUAAAACAGCUAUUCACUUGAUAUGGAGGUGUGGGAUAUGCACAUAUCUAGUUACUGCUGCCUCAUUGAAUAAAUAAAAAAUUGCGCUGUAGGCAAAUCAUCACUUGGGAGCA